GGAUCUCGAGGACGAGUAUUUCCGUACGUUGCCCUUGCUCCCAGCCUCGUUCCUUUCCCUCGUUCUCUUCAUUUUUUUAUUUUUUAUCCCGGCACGAUGGUCCUGUCUGAUGUACCCGACUAACCGACGCAUGGGAUAUCGCAGAACGUUUUGAUCAGGGCUUGUCCGUCCUAGAAGACUCCUAUCUUUCGUCAGUCGACUACUCCAACAGCUACGACCUGAGUGAUUCCCCCAUGGAUGUCUCCCAUUCGCCCAAAAAGAGACGCUCCGACAGCGCCUCGGCCAAAGGUCUGUCCCGCAUCGGCUCUCGCAUCUCGACCAUCUCCACGCGCUGGAAGUCCAAGCGCGUGUCCGAUGACCCCAACGGCGCCGAUGGGUUCGUGGGCGGCUUCCGAUCCCGCACCAACUCCGCGUCGUCUGCACGAGGCUCCCCGGGUGGCGCGGUCCGUUUGGAUGCCGCCACUGUCCCUCCCUCGCCCGCCCGCACGAUCUUCGAGGAACGGAUCAGCGAGUCGGGUGUGCGGCCAAUCGACAUCGCACGAGCCAACAACCCCGGCUCCGAAGAUUGCGUGCCGCAUGCGACCACCCCGUUACUGCCGCCCUUCAUGGGUGACGAGCCCAUGUAUCCCGUCGUGUCCCGCGUGCAUUCGCCGCUGCAGUCGCCAUCCGUGGCGGACGUCUCCGACGAGCAUCUCGACGGCGGUGCGGUCCAGGAUCAGCGCACCGCCGCCCUUCCGUCACCCCCAUUGUCCACCAAACCAUCCAUCGCGUCAUUCAACCGCCCCCGCGCGAGCACGACGCGCACGGUGUCCACCGAAGUACCCCCCUUCCUCCUUACCGAUCCCAAGGACGAGUGGGCGAAGAAGCUCGGCCAUGCCAAUUUCACGAUCUACCCCGAGCCCUACGCCCCGGAAGUCUGUGACGUCAAGUCGCUCGAGCAGUUGCGCGCCCACUGGGAUCUCGCGCACUGCAACUUUACCAAACAUCUGGUCCGGACCGGCGAGCACUACGGCACCACGUCCAACAUCUACAAGUUGACCGAGGAGAAGUGGGAGUGCACCAACAGCGAGUGGAAGCACUGCCACGAAGUGAUGCUGUCCCAGCUUGGAGAGAUGGCGGGCGCUUUCCUGAGCCUUCCCGAGUCUCAUUCCGAGCUCUGCGAACCGGUCAAGAUUCCGCGCCUCCACGACGAGAAAUUCCCCGACCUGGGUGACGGCGAGAUUGUCGGUCCCAUGAAGAUCGUCGCCCCCGCAUCGAACGGCGCGGGCCUUUGUCGGUCUCGAUCGUUGAAACGGAAUCUCGUCCGGUUCUUCCAAGACCUCGUCUCCCGAUCUUAGCCACUUUUCACCCAGCCAUUUUUCAUAUUUGCAUUGCAUAUUUACGACCAUAGAAUUACAGCGAGGUUUAAUGAUGUACAACAUCUAACGACUUCACGCCUCUCGGAUGAACGAUACAACAGCAUGUGACGAUUAAUGUCUUCCUUUUCGUUCUUUUUUCUUUUUUCUUUUUUCCUUUUUAUUUGCGAUGUUUUGUCCCAUUACCCUGGACUUUAUGCAUGUGUAUUCGAUCUGUGACUGAUAAUUGAUGACUGAUGAUUUCUGUGCCUGCGACUACUGACUCGCACGGUGCAUCCAUUCCUUUACGUUCGAGCCCUCCCUCUGUUCUGUUCUUGUGCCCCUUCUGUACCACGGAUGACAUGUUACACCCACAUGUAAUAGUGUGGCCUUGUGCUACCUGAAUUGUCAAUGUUUUGUCUCGCCUUGCAUUUCCUAACAUUGGUUGGCGUUGUUCCAAAUGUAGGUGAGAAGAAGGAAACAAAAAAAGAAAAGAAAAAAGACGUGGUGGAGGAGGGGUGGAAUGGAUGAAUAUUUACAUACUAUUUCAUGGGCGCUGGUGCUUGGGCCGUUUCAAUCCUUACUAUAUACCCAGGGUAUCUGUUUUAUGGCUACUGUAUCUUCA